GCUAGCAGCGCAGCAUCUCUUCACCAUUCAAGAAGCUAAAGCUAACGUUAGCAGUUUAAAAGCGCUACUAUUUUUCAUUCAGCACUUCAUUCAUUUGUGUUUUUGAGGAGAGUGUGCUUCGCAUUAAUUCCGAACAGUCAUGGCAGCGGAUUGGUUGGGCAGUUUGGUGUCAAUUAACUGUGGGCCAACACUGGGAGUCUAUCAAGGAGAGGUGGUGUCUGUAGACCAGUCCAGCCAAACCAUCUCCUUAAGGCAACCUUUCCAUAAUGGAGUCAAGUGCCCUGUUCCCGAGGUCACAUUCAGUGCCAUUGACAUAAAGGAACUAAAGAUUUUAGAUAUCAGGAAUGGCAAUACUAGGAACAGCUCCUCCACAUCUACAAAGAUAAGCAGUGCUCCAGUUGCAGUCCCAAAAGGUGACCCCAGGUCUGUGGAGAAACUCAACUCUCCUCAGCACUGCUCCAAAAGCUACGGAGAACGUCACCUGGACAUACCCGGUCAGCCAAAAGCAUUUCGACGAAGACACAACUCCUGGUCAUCCAGUAGUCGAGGGCCAAACCAAGCAACACCGAAAAAGAAUGGUUUGAAGAAUGGUCAGAUGAAGCACAGAGACGACGAGUGUUUUGGGGAUGGCAUGGAUGACGGGCUGGAUACAGACUUUGACUUUGAAGGAAACUUGGCUCUUUUUGACAAAGCAGCAGUUUUCUCAGAAAUUGACAUAUCAGAGCGCCGGAAUGGUGCACGGUCACGUGGGACACCUCAAGAGCAGACACCCACACGAUAUCGUCAUGAUGAAAACAUCCUGGAGGCCAAACCCAUUGUGUACAGACAGAUUACUGUACCGCAGCCUGGGGCCAAAGAGUACUGCACUGACUCAGGGCUUGUUGUACCAAGUAUAUCCUAUGAAUUACACCAGCGUCUGUUGUCAGUCGCUGAGCGUCAUGGUCUCUCACUGGAGCGAAGACUUGAGAUGACUGGAGUGUGUGCAAGUCAGAUGGCACUUACGUUGCUGGGUGGGCCCAACAGAUUUACUCCGAAAAAUUUACACCAGCGUCCCACAGUGGCUCUGCUGUGUGGCCCUCAUGUUCAGGGAGCUCAGGGCAUCAGCUGUGGUCGUCACCUGGCCAACCAUGAAGUGGAGGUCAUCCUGUUUCUGCCCAAUUUUGUCAAGAUGCUGGACUCAGUCACAAACGAGCUCACACUCUUCAACAAGACUGGUGGCAAACAAGUGUCAAAUAUCAAAGACCUUCCAGACACCCCGGUGGAUUUAAUCAUAAACUGCCUGGACUGCCAUGAGAACACAUUCCUGAUGGAUCAGCCUUGGUACCGAGCAGCUGCUGACUGGGCUAACCAGAACCGAGCGCCAGUGCUCAGCUUAGACCCUCCUGCUAGUGGACAGGGGCAGGCGGUCGAGGCCAAGUGGUCCCUCUCUCUUUGUCUCCCCCUUGCCUUGGCUGAGGGGGCUGGCAGCGUUUACCUGUGUGACAUAGGUAUUCCUCGCCAGGUGUUCCAGGAAGUGGGAAUCAAGUACCUGUCCCCUUUUGGCUGCAAAUUUGUCAUCCCCUUGCACUCUGCAUAAUGGGACUAAUGGUCUUCAUGACAAAUUGAAUCUUUCACCCUCCAUGACCAUUUGGGUUUUGGCGCCUUAUAUUCUAGAGUUCAUCCAUUAAGUUUCUAACUCAUCACCAUGUGAAUGGGACCACCGUUUGGUACGUUAGUUCUACAAGGACUAAGUUCAUAUGGAUAGAAUAGGAAAGAGCUUUAAUACAAACUAAAUGUGUUGACCAUCAGAGGCUUCAGCCACUAUGUAGAUAGCUUUGUAUUGACAUAUUACAAGAUAUUUGGAAGAUAGAUUUUUUCAAAAACACAGCUGAAGUGUCAAAAAUAAUACCACAGUGUUUAGUUUUAGAUUGAAUAGGACAAUCUCUGACUUUAAGUGGAAAAAAAAAUCUCAUUCUCAUUGUAAUCUAACCUCAUUCCAAAGCCAUCUGCUGAAUAAACUGAGACCCACCAUAUAAGACACAAUUUUGAUGUUCUUACAAUAAUCUGGUUGAGACAACCGAUUUACAUUGGUGUUAAAUGGCUUGGCUUACAGCCUGCCAUGCUCUGCAGUAAUCUGUUACUGUUGUUUAUGUGAGUUGUUUUGUAUUAUCAAACUAAACCGUUGUGAAGUGAAGCAGAGAACCAGAUAGCAGCAGUUCUGUUUGUCCAUGGUAAAGUGGACUGUGAUGAUAAGGGCUUUAAUAAGAUGACACAGCAAGCAAAACCUCUAGAGUUCCUGCCUUUUUGUGAAUAAAGAAAAAGGUCUACUUACUACAGUUUGGUAAAACAGUGAGCCGAAGUCAAAAUGUCACGUCCAGGUUAGCCUCUGUUCCAGUAGCUUCUGUCACUCAAAGUAACCUCUCAUUUCUUUUAUCAUUGGCGUCAAUAUGGCCAAGAAAGUUUGACAUCCACCACAGCAAUUAUUAUUAGAAGUUUAAAACCUUUGUCACGUUAACAAAGUUAAACUAUGAUUACUUCGUUAGCAUAGAAAAGAAAAUACACUUCCUAUGAAAAAACAAGCGCAAUUACUUCUGUCAUUGUAACUUGGUUGUUGUCCACAUCCAUACAAAUAUACAGGGCUUUAAUUAAAGUAACUGUGUUCGUUACAGACUCUUAUAAACAUAAACAUUGCAAAAAAAAAUUUAAUGACAUUGUUUUUCAAAAAACUAAACCGUAGACUGUAAUAAAGAUGGACGACUUGUUUAUGCUUCCUCUGACUGUACAGAAGUGAAGCCCAAAUAUCCUGAAUGCGCUGCUGAAGUCAUUUGGAGCCACAGUCUGCGCAGUAAUGAUCAGGAAGUGGAGUUGCAUUAUCGGGGGCCCACCCAUACACCUGACUGACUCAAUCGUGAGUCAGUCGCAACUGUCAAUAAUGAUGUCGCAAUAACUAAUUAAAACCAAACUAAUGAGAAAAAAACGAACACUUUAACUUAAAUGAGCGCGAUAAGAACUAGGUUUAAAUGAAAGAAUCCGUCUUCGGAAAUACUUAUUUGAUGUGUACAAUUUUUAGUUCGGCUCAUGUCCCAUUCGCUAACAGAGGAGGUGGUGUUUAUGACGUGUACAGCAGCCAGCCACCAGGGGGCGAGCAAGAUGUUUUUGCUUCCCUUCUUGGGAGUUAUUACCAUCUUUGCAGUCUGUGGUCUAAACUUGUGAUGUGAGAAAGACUGUUCCAAAGCUAGAUUUUUAGUUAUCAGAGUGGUAACAAAUGUCAGUGAGAUGUUAAAUGACAUUUUCUCUGGAACAGAACUUGGAAGUUGCGGCUUCACUUUGCCUCUCUGUUGUAUCUGUUAAAGGACCACACCUUAAGUAUGUAAGUUUUAGUUCCUUAACUAUACAUGAUGUGUAUCACAUGUGUUCUGUUCUUUUUAAAAUGCAGACUACAAUUUCAUUUUUAAAUAUAUUUUUAUAUUGGUUUCCAAUUAUAAGAGUAUAAAAAAAAUUAUCAUAAUUUUAGAGCUCUGUUAUGUUUCAAAUCCAUCACAGCAAACACUGCGGUGACUAAAUUAUUCUUGUGUGGUAAUGUAGUUUAAUUGCAGAUUUCAAAAGUCUGCACAGCAUUACUCUGACAAAAAUGAAUGCGUACUUGUCUGCGAUAGACUAAAGUUUCAAGAGAGUCCUUGUAGACUGGAAAUGAAUAGAAGCUAAUGAAUGCUUGAUGGACAAAUCACAUCUAAAUUUCUAAAACAUAGCAGCAUGGUUUGCAGAUGGUUAAUUGGAUUUGUAAUAAAUAGUGGUAUUGUCCUUGAAUGUCAACAGUUUUUUUUCCCUAAUCAAAGUUGUGUUGGCUGACAAAACAAGUAGCGUUCUCCAAAGUAUAAAUGCUCUGUACAUUCAGGAUUCGAAUGCAUUUCUGGGUGAAUCAUCUUAACCCAGUCACUAACAAUGAUGCAACGUUCUGCAAUGAGUGCCCUCUUUGAACCAGUUAGAUUGGGUUCUUUUUUUUUUCUUUUUUUUUUCCAGGAACUCCCCCUCCUGAUUCUGCAGAGUAAGCCUGUUAUAUACUCAAUCAUCAAUGGUAUUUACCAUGAAAAGCAUAGACUGUGAAAUCUAUUUCAAGGAAAGCUGCUUGUUUUAUGCUGCUCUUGGACGCCUCUGUCAAGGCCUCCCUGUGCCAGAUCUUUUUGACAAUGAAAGUCAAAUUCUUUGCUUGUUCUUCGACAAGUUCACAUUGUUUUGAAAUGUGUCCAGAACAGAGGCAGUUCUCUUUACUGGAUAUGCUCAUUCUGGAUAUCAACAUGUCCUUAAAGGUAUACUUUAACCCUGAAAUGACCAUUUGUAUAUCAGUUACCCUGUGUUACGUUUAAUUUGUCAAGAAAACAGUUUUUCACAUGCCUCCACCGUGAACGAAGAAUCCAAAAAUGGAGAAAUAUUUUGAUGGAUAGGCAACCAUGUUAAACAACAGCAAAGCUAUAUCAAAAGAUCAGUUUGCAAACUCUCACACAACUUGUGCAGUAUAAUCCAAGUCUUAUAUAUAUCCAGUCAUAUGCUCAGUACUUCCCUUAACAGACUGCCCUUUCCAACAGGGAACUGAACUAAAAGUGAAACUCCUGUAUGCUCUCUUGAAGGCCAGACUCCAAAGAUAAAAUACUAAUUGUUCCUUACUGAACACAGUAGCUGCUGGUCUACCACUGUCUCGAUCAGUUAGUGUGUUUGUGUAAUUGUGUGGCUUUGGUGUUUUAAAGUGUUAGUUCAGAGUCACCAAAGUGACACAACACUUACAAACUACAGUUAGAAACUGCGCCUUUCACUUUCAUGCACAAAGGUUUAGUCCUUUCUCCAACAUUCCUCCGGCCUGAUGUGUUUGUUAGUUGUUAGUGUUGCCACACAGUAACACAAACAAACUAAGUAAUCGAGGCAGUGGUAGACCAGCAGCUACUGUGUUCAGCAAGGUACAAUUACUGUUUUUGUUAAUGAAGUCUUGCUUUGAAGGGAGCGUGGAUAGGUUUUCCUUGUUGUACAAUUCCCUGUCAGAAAGGGCUGUCUGUUUGGGAAGUACUGAACAUUCAACUAUGUAAAUGACACUUGGAUUAUGGUACCAAGAUGUGUCAAUUUAAAAAAAAAAAAACAAAAAAAAAACUUUUCCACCUUCGAUUUCAAUUCAUUAAGAAAUUUCUCAGUUUUUGGAUUCUUCGUUCACCAGAGGCAUGCGAGAAAAACCUUUUCUUACCCACCUUAUAUCUGUUGUUUUGUUCUCUGUGCACAUCAGCCUGCACAGGGUUCACACACUGAUUCAGUGAAAAUGACUUUCAUGCACAAAGGUUUUUGUCCUUUCUCCAACAUUCCUCCGGCCUGAUGUGUUGUGUCACAUCUGUUCAGACAAGUCUGGCUUUGCAAACAUCAGCCAGCAUUUAACUGAAUGUGAUGACGUUUUUUUUCUUCUCUGUGGCCACCAGGGGGCCAUUAAACCACACGGUUGGUGGCUCUUCCUUAUUCUUUUGUAAUGGCAGCUUUAUGUACUGUUUCCUCAAACUAAAGUGUUACUUUUCUGUGAAAUGUGAACAGUCAGAAACCACGAGGUGAUCUGGCUCCUGACAUGAGAAGCGCCUGUUUGCUCUGAAAGUGUUUAAACGCAGGUUGUGCUUUUUGAGAUUUAUGAAAUACGUUUACAAAGUCUCACAUCUAUGCGAGAUUAGUUUGCAGUUCAGAAAAAGAAUCGCAUUAAAAAGCCAGUGGGAGGUUUUUGUGUCUAGACAGAACAGUUUCCUUGUGGGAGCGAAGUUCACUGUCAGUUCUUGUGCAUAGAUACUGUGCAGUCCUCUUGUGUCAUGUCUGCAGACUGAAACUAUUAAAAACAACUUUCACCGUUG